AUGGAGAACUGGAAAACCGAGAACGAUUUCACGACGAUAGAGGCCUUGCACAAGGACCUUCCAUUUGCUCCUUCCAAGUACCAUGAUCCAUCACUGGUGUCAGUCGAGCAAGAAAUCCUCGAAUUCUUUAAGGGAUUUGGCCACUUUCUCAACGUAGGCUGUCGCACCGACAUUUCAGCUGGCAAGGACUUUUUUGAAAUGAAGGACUAUUCCAUCUUUGAUAUCAUGGGUAUCCUCUACCGGCCCAACUUGGAGCCACACUACGACCAUAUCACACCUUACCUGGGCCACACGAACCAAAAGUUUCGUGAUGUCGAGAUCGUGGCCGUCACUCCGUCUUUCGGAUACAUCACCGCUGUUCAGCGGGUCGAAGGCACUGCAGCGGACGGCGCUCCGUACAAUAUCACCUACCGUACCACUUCGCUGGUCCGCAAGGUCGAUGGAGGGAAAUGGAAGUAUGUGCAUGAACACUACUCAUUCCCAGUGAACAUGGCGACAAAGGUGGCGGACACGACUUGUACCCAGAAGCUGAGCGACUCUGUUGCGUUUCAGUAG